AAAAAUAAAAAGUGACGUUUAACUUGAAUGACAUCUUUGUUCGUAUUGUUAUUUCAUAUUUGUCAAGUUCAGUUUUUGUGGAAUACAUUUUCCUAUUCCUUAUGAAAAAAAACAUUGAAUGAAUCGUGAAAAAAGUGAUGGUGUAAUUAAGACAAUAAUUACAUUUUUAAAUUACAUGUGACAUGUAAACAAUUGUGUAACAAUAUGAAUCCGUAUAAGGAUAUAGAAGAAAGUUCGUUCGCAGCAUCACCUCACUUAGCUUAUGAGGACAUUGCUACGAAACUGCUUAAGGACCACUACUUCCUGACAGCCUUGGAGCUUCAUACAGAGUUAGUGGAGAGCGGCAAAGAAUUGCCACAACUCAGAGAAUUCUUCUCAAAUCCAGGCAACUUUGAACAACAUGUUUCUAGGGCAUCGGACUUUUCUUCAAUGCACCGAACACCAAGUCAGGCAACACUAGACUCGUUGGAUACUGCAAGGUACUCAGAAGAUGGUGGUGGUGACCGUGGUGGCAGUGGAGGUGAUGUUGCAGUACUGGAAUUUGAGCUGAGGAAAGCAAGAGAGACCAUCAAUGCUCUUAGAGCUAAUCUAACUCAAUUUGCUGAUGGAGAAUCUACCUUGGACAAAAGUUCCAGAGAUUUGUCUGAUCAGAGAUCCUUGAAGCCACAUGAAAAGAGAGCUUUAAACUUCCUUAUAAAUGAAUAUCUUCUCUUACAAGAUUAUAAACUAACUUCCAUAACAUUUUCUGAUGAAAAUCCAGAACAGGAGUUCGAAGACUGGGAUGAUGUUGGUCUCAACAUGCCUCGGCCAGCGGGUCUGGUUUCAUUAUUUCGAGGGAACGGUACCAGUGUUACAACGCCCAAAGAAGAUGCGUCUACGGAAACCAGCUGGGAAACUGUGGAGACGGCUUGUCAAACUGAUAUGGAUGAAACUAAUUUAUGUGUGAGCUGCCAAACUCCACUAGAUCACGAGACUGAUUGGAGUCAUGAGCUCCUUAUCCAAGCUGAAGAGAUAGAAUUACUAAAACAAAAAAUAAUAGCAUUAGAGACUGAAAAAUUGAACUUCCAAAAACUAUAUGAUGCUGCCAUUGUCAGUUUGAAUUCCCUGACGAGCCCAGCGUCUGAGAGCAAGGGAAUCGACCUUCAUAUACCGGAGGACAAAUUGUUAUCUGUGCAAAGAGUGGAACAGGGUUUAGAAGCCAAACCCAUUACUUGCACGGCUUCGGAGAACCACUAUGGAAGCAGUAACUCUACACACAGUGCAACGCCAGAACAAUUUGAAAUGAUCGAUAGUGAAAAGAAUAGUGCAAUUACAAGGAAAGGGUCAAAUAUAAGUUCCUUCGACACUGGGGCGGUCGGAGACAAUAGUACCCGUGACUCACCAUUACGCCGCGGCAGUGUGACAACCCUGGACGAAACGCUGAGUAUCAACGAUGCAGGAGAAUGGACCAGAGUACAUUAUGAGUACAAUAGCAUAGAGACCAAUAGCAAGGAGUUGUGGAUUGAUAGUGGUAUACCGAACGGGCUGAAAGUAUCGAUACUAAACUGGUGUUGUGAGACGUUGAACCUGAACGAGCCUCUAGCAAAUGAUCUGUUGGCUGAGCUAGUGUCUAGUGAGAAACCUAUCACUCUGCCAGGUCUACUUACGUUGGUCGCCGACACGCUGCCUCGGGUGAUACCUCAUACGUUGGUGGGUCGUCGCGGCGAGGCGGCCGCGCUGCUGGCGGCCGUCGCGGCGCUACUGCCGCCCGGGGACGCUCGGCGGGCGCGGGCACUGCACGCCUUACUCACUCUCGUCAAAAAACCUGAUCGAGCUGAUACACAUACUAUAUGUGAAGCAACCUGUCUAAUAGUAAAAUGGGGUGGCAGCGGCGAGGUACUAUCGUCAAUAGCGGAGUUAUUAGCCUCGAGGUCCAUAGAGCGUCGCAUACUGGCCAGUCAGGUCUGCAUGGCUAUAGCUCCGUACGUCCCCAUAGAGCUCUGCACAUCUUUACUUCUAAGCCUCGUCGUACUUAUGUGUGAGUCCAAUGAGCUUGAGAUCAGAACACUGGGACUCAAGUCAGCCUGCCUCAUCUGUCCCGUUGCGGACCACAAGUACAGUCAACUGGAAAGUUUAAUGUUCAAUUUCCUAAAGGAUCCAGUUGAAAAGUGUGUGAAGGAUACUGUUAAUAUAUUUGUACCUGUUCUCGCUAGGAGUGCUUUGAUGGCUGGUAAAUUCUCAACGGACCUGUGCAGUCGUAUCAUGUCGAAUUUAACGAAAGCAAGCAGUGAUAACGAGUGGAAGGCAGUACUGUUAUACCUAGAUGUAUUACGAAUGAUAGUUUUAGCUAAAUUGGCCUACGUAGUCAAUGUACAAAUAGUAAGGGAAGUUACCCUAAAUAACUGUGAUAUACAAAGUUUUAACUUACAAGAAGUACCUCUAGAACAAGAGUAUUUUAUGGAUCUACAGUGCUAUUUCUCGGAAACUGAGGACGCUAAGCUACUCUUGUUGGCAGCUAAUAAUUUAAUUAAGGAGAAACCUGAUGUCAGAUGGGCGGAGUUAAGUUGGUUUAUUAGCACAUUAAAACAAAUACUAGACGUGGUAUCAAACACGAAAGUUUUGAACCACACAUCGAUAUACGAACUCCUUAUAUCCCUGGUCAGCAGUUACGUGGACAAUUUUGGCGUUCCAUUUACUCAAUAUAUAUUAAAACCUAUAUUUAUUGACGUUAUAUCGGAAUUGGAACAUAAGAUGGAAAAACUACAUCCUGUGAAUGUGGAUAGUACUGUGGCAGUUGGUGUAUACUUGAUCACUAUAUUACCUGUGCUCGAUGAUAGUGUACAACAUGCCGAGUUUUUACAGAAAUGGGUAAUGUACAGCAGUAUACGCGGCCUUCCAGUCAAAAUAUUCUCCGUACCUUUGAAAUGGGUGGCGGAGCAUAAAGAAGAAUCUCUAGAUUUUUAUUUGCAGCACCUUAGAGAAUUCGCGGCCAGCAGUUGCGAGAGUUCCAGCGGUAGUACGAUCCGCAUGUACAUCGCGAACCUCAUCACGGAGCUACUGAACGCAACGGAGCUGGCAGAGAGAUGUAUAGAGAGACAACUACUGCCCGCCGUCAUGGCACUGCUACACGAUGAAGAUGUGUCCGUUCGCGAAGAGGCGAUUUCAGCAUGGGGUAGUGUAACGCGGACAUGUUUGAUCCGUGGCCUGGACUGCGAGGCGCAGUGCUGGCCGCCCGUCGAGGACAUGUUGGCCUCCAACCAGGCACUCACUGUCAAAGAAGCAGCGCGAACUGCUGAGGCACUAGCAUUACUCGUACUGCCUACUGUUGAUAACCACGCUGUGUCUGAGAAAGCGGUGUCGCUGCUAUGCGCGCUAUGCGCGGGCGCGGGCGCGCGGGAGUGCGUGGCGGCGCUGACGCCCGGCCUGCAGCUGGCCGUGCACCACUGCAGGCACCAUCCUGCCUUACUGCACGCACUCAGGAAAUUAGAAGAAAACGUACAAUCACCAGCGUUAUCCCAGUACAAGGCCGCCAUCGAAGCUCUCAUACACAACUUGGUGGGCACCGGGGGAAGCGGGGACAUGAUCAGAGAGCCCCCACCACGACCGAACACUAACCUUCAAGCUGCACAGGAGGUCGGAAGAAGAGUCACACAGAUAUUCCAACAAUCAAAAUCGAAUAUGAACUUACAGAACAUUUUUAAGAAGAAAACUUAACGGUAAUUGCUUUAAUGUUAUAAAUUGUAGGAAGAAAAUACUUUACUUUGCUGUUUUAUUGCAUUUU